AAUGCGGCAAUGCCUGCACCUUGGGGUGGCUAAUUUCGAGCUUUUACGCUUGAGCAAAUUUGAGUCUAGCCGAGGGUUAAUUUGGUCACUGUGGGCAAAAAAAUUUAUUACUAGAAGAUUUUGAAGGGGAUAUUUGUCAGAGUUCUGAACUUCAUUCGCCUCUUACAGAGACAAAUCUCUCUCUCUCUCUAUGUGCGUUUCCCAUUUGAAGGUCGGUUAAUGUGAGCAACUUCGAUCGAGAAACUGGAUCCAAAGCAACAAUCUUACUAUUUCAACUUGGGUUGGAUUAGUAACAAACAAUUUGGGUUCAUAUUAGCAAGUUCAAGUGUUUCCUUCGGCAACGACUUUUGGUGGAGGCUAAGACAUGCAAGACAUCCACUCAAUUGGUGGCGGAGGCCGGUUAUUUAACGGUGGAGGUGGUGACCGGAGGCUUAGGCCUCAUCACCACCAGAACCACCAAGCAUUAAAGUGCCCGAGGUGCGACUCACUCAACACCAAGUUUUGCUACUACAACAACUACAACCUCUCACAGCCACGCCACUUCUGCAAGAGCUGCCGAAGGUACUGGACUAAAGGCGGAGUUCUCCGCAACGUUCCCGUUGGUGGUGGUUGUCGCAAGACAAAGCGGUCUAAGCCCAAACAAGCCACCUCCACCGCAGACCCUACCACCUCCUCAACUAAUACAGCAACUGCUACUAUCAGUACAACGCAGUCACCGGAGCAGCAGCAACAACAACAGCGAGACCGGAAAUCGUCAAAUUCUCAUUCUAGCAGCGAAAGCUCCAGUCUGACAGCCACAAAUACCACAGGGGCUAAUACUGGUUUAGAAGCAAUUUCGGCGCAUUCUUCGGGCUCGGCUUCAAAUAAUAUACUGAAUGGUAUUAGUGAAUCUAAGCUAUUUGCACAUGCCAACAUAAAUCCGAACUUCGAGUCUGGUUUGCUAGAGCAAGGAGCGGACUGUGGGAUCUUCUCAGAGAUUGGAACCCUUACAAGCUUAAUUACGUCAACGAACGAGCAGUUGCCCAUUGGAUUCGGAAACAUAAUGAAUCAAAAGUGUGUUGAACAUGUCCAACAGAAUCAGAAUCAGCAGUGGCAGCAGCAGCAGCAGAAGAUGGUGGGUAUUAGUGGGGAGGAGAUGAAGAUGCAGGAUAUGGCUGGAGGAUUGAUUGAUCAGACGGUUCACGUCGAGUUAUCAGCUUUGCAGAGUAGUAGAACAGGAAAUGGAGGGUUUGGGGCGUUGGAUUGGCCGGGCACGGGAGAUCAAGGUUUGUUUGAUCUUCCCAACGCCGUUGAUCAAACUUACUGGAGUCAGAGUCAGUGGACUGAUCAGGGUUCCCCUAGUCUCUACCUCCCGUAAAUCUUCUCACCGUUUUAACUUUCUUUUUUUCUUUUAAAAAAGAAUUAAAAAAACAAAAAAUCUCUCAGAAAAUUAAAAAGAACAAAGAAUAUAAAUUGAGAGAAUUUAUAUGAACAUUAUGAAUAUGACUGCUGUUUUUUCUAUGUAAAUUUUUUCAAUAUUUAUUUUCUUUCUGUUUCUUUUACGGGGUUUAUUUGGUGAUUUUGGAA